ACGCCCCCCUCCCUACUGCUUCGUAAAAAUUUGCAUUCAAAAUUCCAUGUACAGAUCAGCGAAUUAGGUCUAGUGCUAUGGUUCAGGACCGCAAUAGCAAUGUAAAAACUGGACACUCUAAUGGUAUAGUAAUGCCUGGGAAAAUGAAAAACGGAGUUAGCAAAACAUCUACCCGAGCAUUCGAUUCUGUCAGGUCCAACAGUAGUAUGUUAUUCUCGGCAAACUCCUCCGGUGGCGAAGAUACAGAAUUUGAAGUCGACGAUGAAAUGCCAGAUGACAUCGAGAUUGAAGAGAGGUUUUCAAUACUUUUGGAAAAAAUGGCCCUUCCGGCUGAAAGAGCUGCAGAGCUCUCCAAAAGUCCUAAAUCUCACAAAUGGAAGAUGAUYAAAGCGAAGGAAAGCAUGCAGCCAAAGUAUUCAUCCGGGUUCUACAUAGAACAGCUAAGAGGACAUCGCGAAGUUGCAGUCAACAAACACAGCGCCACUUCAAAAAGACUCACCAAAACUCUGGAGCCAGUGGAAAUGGUCCUUAGGUCGUUGGAAGUUGAUCUAAGAACGCAUCCAAAUACCACAUGGCUGAGAGAGUUCAUUGACGAUCCUUACAGAGGACACACAGCUCUCAUUGAAUUUCUUCAGCACCUCCAUGUUAAUCCUCCCCCCAAAGACACACCUAUUCCUCAGGAACUCCAGUCAGAUCUUGAAAGAACUCAAACUCGAUCAUAUGGAAGCACACGAUCAUUAAAACCAGAGGUUUUUGCCAGAAGCUAUAUUGAUGAACAUCUGUGCUUACAAAGUUUGAGGGUCUUGAUGAAAAACAAGUAUGGAUUUCAAUCCGUAAUGAGUGUAAACGAUUCCAUCAUGGCAAUUCUUCACUGUUUGAAAGUUAACAGUCGAAAAACUCAAGCCCUCGUCUUAAGGAUGUUAAUUCAAAUUUGUCACGAAGGAGACUAUUACCAACAAGUUAUCGACGCCAUCAGAUUCUACAUGAAAACAUCAAGAGAAUCCAAGCCUUUUGAAACACUUGUUUCUUUGAUUUACAAAAAACCUAUUUCACCAUCUUUUCAGGCCAUUUGUCUUAACUUCCUCAACACUUUCAUUAACUCUGCUCCAUCGUUCAAUGUCAAAGUUUUCCAUCAACAAGAGAUUGAAAACGCUGGUCUUGAUCCAGACAAGAUUGAACAGACAUUAGAAGGAGUAGAAGCCAAGACAGUUCGUGACGCACUGAAGACAUGGCGUGACGGCUAUAUCAAUGUACAAAGCGUCAUGGAUGAGUUUGUCUCGCUAAGAGAAAGAACUAAGUACUUGCGUGACGAGGUUGACUUGCUUCAGGCAAAGCUUGGGGAAACAGAGAAAUCUAAUGGCGACCUCAAGAAACGCAACGAAGAGUUGGAAGCCAGCUACGAGGAGUACAGACUACGAACCAACGAACUCCAGACAACACUUGAAAACCUUGUGAAACAAGUGAAGAGCGAAGCAGAAGCCAUGGAGGUACCAGAGGACCUCAUUAAUACACUGUCUGAAGCUGCAGCAGCUGCUGCCGUACCCGAAGCACCUGAAGCUCCACCUCCUCCCCCACCCCCUCCUCCACCAACGUCAGGAACCGAACUAGAUUUUUAUCCACCAGAUAUUUGCUCAUCCUUUGAUUGGGAAAUAGAUGGUGUUUCUCCGACUAAUCGAAAACGAUUACGACACAAGAGUAUUCGUCUACCUAUGUUGAACUGGAUGCCAAUCUCCAACGAUUCUAAUGGAUCAAUCUUCAAGGAAGUCAAUGAUGAGGAUAUCAUAUCAGCCAUGGACUUUGAUGAAUUUGACAGAAGGUUCGAGCUUAAAACUAGUGACACUUCAGAAGAGGUUCAGGCCAAACGAGAGAAUGCUGUCAAGAGAGCUGCGGAGCAGAUUACAAUCCUGAAUUCUAAACGCGCAAGGAAUCUUGUGAUCGCACGUCAUCGUAUCAAACACAAGACUGAUGAAAUCAAAGAAUUGAUUGACGCUUGUGACUUGGUUGAACUCACUCCAGAACAUGCUGAGUUACUGCUGAAGUUUGUCCCGACUAAAGAAGAGUUGGCUGGUUUUGCUCGCUACGCAUCAGAGUAUGACAGGAUGUCUGAAGCAGAUCAGUUCAUGUUUAAGAUGGCACAGGUUGAGCGAUACGAAGCUAAGCUUGGAGUCAUGGCUUUCAUUGGGGUGUUUGAAGAACUCAUGAGAACUGUAGUUCCUGAAAUUGACUCAGUGCUUCGAGCAGCAACAUCGAUCAUCAACAGCGUUAAGAUAAAGAAACUGUUCAAGAUUAUUCUCAUCUAUGGGAAUUAUAUGAACAGCAGUCGUAGAGGAAUGGCUCUUGGCUUCAAACUCGAAUCACUUUACAAGAUGGAAGAUACRAGGACAACUGACCGGAAGCAGACGUUCCUUGCAUACCUGGUAGAGACGGUACGCAGAAGCUUCCCUGAUGUGUGUAACUUCUAUGAGGAACUUCACCUCGAGGGCGCCACCCAGGUAUCCAUCCAAACACUUGCUGCUGAUGUGCAAGGACUCAGAAAAGGCCUUGACUUGACAAAGUCAGAGAAGGACAAACAGCCAAACAACUUUGUGAUAUUUAAUUUCUACAACCGCGCGUUCCGUAAAGUACAACGCGUAACCGAGCGGUUCAGGAAGAUGGAAGAGGCGUAUUCCACUGUUUGUGCCAUGUUCUUUGAGGACCCAAAAAUUCGUGAACCUUCUGAGUUCUUCAAGACGUUCGUGGACUUUAUUGCGCUGUACAAGAAAGCCGAGAGGGAACUAGACCAGCUCAAUCGCCAUGGCUACACCGCUGAAGACAAAAUGAAGCGGAUGUUGAGCAGAGAUUAUCAAAGUAUGGCAAGCCAAGCUGCGGACGAAGCAAGAAGAAGAUCACAGUACAACGGCUUUGACGCUACGAUUAUCUCAAUCUAGUCCCAUUCCUUUAAGGAAAAUCACGUGAUCAGCCUCGUAUCCUUAUAAGRAGAGUAGUCAGUAAUUACAGGUAGUAUUUUAGACGUCGUAUAUUUUAUCUGUUUGGUUUAGGUAUGAAAAAAGAUGAAAAAUGUGAAUGAUGAGAAAGAAUGGAAGAACUAGAAGAGAAAACAAUAGUAUGUGUUGUAUACACGUGUAAAUACUUGGCUAACAGAGCUAAGUGGAACGAUUGAACAUGAAUGGGGGGAAAAGGAAUAAACAGAAGGGGAAUGUAGACAAGUAUUGUACGGGUAGAAUUUUUUGAAACACGAGAGUAAAAUAGAGGAAAGAGAGAAUGGAGAAAUGGGAAAAAAGUCGAUAACGUGAGCACAAGAGGACGAGAAGUGGAGAAAAUAUUGGAAUGAAAGUGACAAUAGGAAACAAUUAUGGGAUGGGAAAGAAAGAAAAGUCAAAAAUAGGAAGAACAGUAUUUUAUUUUUUGAGAGUCUUGUUUUUGAACAAUAUGAAUUUCCAAUUAACUUGCAUUCCGUAAAAUAAUGAUUAUGAUGAUUAAGUACUUUGGGACAGGCGCUUUGCUUAUUACUGUCUCAGAGUAACGAAUGGAUUUUCAACACAUCGUUAAUAUCAGAAUUAAUCAUUUUACAUGAGAAUGAAGGGAAAGAGAGAGGAACGGGAUGGAAAUGGGAUGAAAAAAAUUCCUGUUUCCAUUCAAAAUAUUCUCAUUGACAUAAGAUAAAAUUCAAUAAUUUUACAUAAAUUUUCGUAAAGGUAUAAUUUWAGUUAUUUCAUUUUGGUUAAGGCAAAAAAAAUGUACAUAGAGAAAUGAAAAAGCAAGCAAAGGUCAUUGUUCAAGCUUGUUCCUAGAGCCGAUAUAUUUCUUACUGCGCAUGAAAGUUUCGUCGAACAUGCGCAGUACGAAAAAAGGGCUCUGGGAACGAGAAUGGUCAUGCACACUGCACCACCAGUAAAUAUAACUAAGUAUAAAACGGCGAAUAAUCAUUUAAAAAGCUGUAUAUUCGAAUAAGAAAGAUUUUAUUACACACCACUCCUAUGAUAUAUUUCGCGCUUGCUAUUUCGUGACCAUUUCCUUAACUAUGCACUCAUUUGGCAAAAAUAUAUAAAAAGGAAUCAGAAGUAACAAUUAUGUUUAUUAGUAACAUCAAGAGAAAAUGAACUAAGAGAAGGAAUCUAUGGCAUUCAUGCUUGAACCAUCAUAGGCACCAUUUGAUGCUAUUUUUAGAAUCACAUUUGCCAUAGUUUGUUUUUGGGCACGCGUGUUGUUGACUGCGCGUGCUCCACGCUGUUUGCUUACGUUUUUUGAAAAACAAAAGAAAAUGAAGUAAGCUGGGUAGAACGCGCGCAGUGUACGCGUUCAGAAAAAAGACCAAAUGAAUGAUUCUAAAAAUAGUAUCAUAGAUUCUAAAAAUAGCAUAAAAGACUGCACAUAAGUGGGCGCGGGGAUUUCUUCUUUUAGUUCAUAUAUUCUCUCGGUAACUUUUUGUUUCCGGUUCCUUUUUCUCUUUAAUGUAUUGUUAGUUUUGAGCUCUUUGGAGCUGCGAAUGAAUUUAUAAAAUGCCUGUUUUGAAGGCGCUGAAGUAUUGUGUAUUAUUUUCAAUAUUAUCCUAAUUAUUUUGAAAUGUCUUGUUGGGUAAAGUUACAUGUUAUACAUUUCUAGACGUAAUGCAACCAAAAGCAAUUCAAUUAACUUGAGACAUUUUAAGGUUUAAAAUUUUUUAUUAUACAAAAAUAAAAGUGUACACAAAAGUAAA